GCAUUCGCAGUAGAGAACCAGAAUCAAUAGUGACUGCAAACGAAGCAGUGCUAAAGCCUUAAACUCAAAGCUAAUCAGCAGCCACACGUUUCCUUGUGGUUGUUUGCAAAACAUUUCAACACAUUUAUCUACCUACACAUAGUUUAACCACUCUUAACUUUGUCAUUAAUCGUGUUCGGAUUUAGUCCCAAAGGAAUUUAGUGAGUUUAAAACUUCUUUUUGCAAAUUUGCAGUACAUUUAACUUGUUAGUUAUUCGAAACAGAUUUUUUAAAAAACUUAUCAUUAUGACUCAAGACAAGCAGGAAGACCAGCAUCGGUGUGACAGAAGAAUCAGCGUUUGUUCUAGCUCGAGUAGUAACAACAGCAACAACAGUUUGUGCAAGGAGUACCUGUUGUCGGCGAGAAUGUCCCCAAGUCGUGAAGCUGUGUCCGCGCCGCACUCGAGGUCCUGUUCGUUCAGGAACAAACCACGCAGUAGAGAAGUGGAAAUGCUUGGCGCCAGGCCACGCACCAACAGUAUGCCGAACCCUGACCCGAUCUAUCUAUCGGUGUCCUGCGAAAACAUCGGUGACAGACCGACUGGCGGACUUUACAGAGUACGCUCUUUUACAAAGACUCCCAAGGGCCUGGUGAACCGAGGAGAUUCCUUCAAAAAACGAAGCAAUAAUAGCGUCAUGUCUAGUGGAAGCACCAUUACUGACCAUAACGAACAGUGUGGAGGUGGCUCAGACCGAGGGACACGUUCGCGAACUCUGAGCGUGGCCUCAUCUCAAGGCAGUAACAGUUGCAGUGGAAGUUCUACUACAGCCCCAACAUAUUUCCGACAAGUUAUCCUUGGAGCCAGUGGUGUUGGAAAGACAUCUAUCUUGAGGCAGUUUAUGACUUCAGAAUAUAUGGGAGUUGUAGAAAAUUCAGACAUGGGUAGUGACCGGGCAGUUAUUUUGGUUGCCAAUAAAAUUGACCUAGUCAGGAAACGGGAAGUCAGUAGUGAUGAAGCACGAAGCAUAGCUGUGAACUACGACUGCAAAUAUGUCGAAACAUCUGCAGCGUUGAACCAUCAAAUUGACGACCUUUUGGUCGGCGGUCUAAGUCAAAUACGACUGAAAUUAAACAUUCACGUUCAAGAUAACAGCCAAACACUCACCAACAAAAAGAACAAAAACAGGCGAACGAAGACCAGGCGCUCCCUGAUCAGCAAGAUUUUCAAAAAAAACUCCAGGAAAGUCAAGUCUUGUGAUAACCUGUUUGAUCUAUGAACACUUCCAGCUUUUUUUUUCUUUCCCAAAUGUUCCUUUGUGGCAGAAGCUUCAAUGCAAAUGACAUUCUCUACAUAAAAUCUCAUUGACAUUAUAUAAAUACAUAUAAAAUCACAUCAUUUCGCGACCUUAUGUUACUCAUCGUAAAAAACACAUGUUAAAAUGACCUCUGUUUUGUUUUGUUCAACAUUAAUCAUCAUUAUAUAAGCUGGACUGCUUCGGUUUGAAGGAUCCAAGCUAAAUUAUUUAUUAAUAGUAUGAAUAACGUUGGUCAAGUUGUCAGAUUAUCAAUUUGUCGAUCUUGGUGUCAAGGGAAAUAUGAAAUAAAGCGUAAAAAUACACAGCUGUAAUCAAAUCCAAAGGAGUUGACGAGCUGUAUUACAAAUCUAAGUGGCAGCAACAUGGGACUUUGUGAAGAACACAAAGGUUCCUGAUACACGUACAUACCUAAAUAUAUACACUUACACACACACGCAUAUAUAGCAAUGUGGUGUAUUCAUUUCUGAUUUAUAAAGAAUUGAAAACAUCUAAUGUUUAAGAAACUUAAAGUAAUUGCUUCAUUUAAUUUUUUUUUGAUAAGAUGUAUAUAUAUAUACGUACGUACAUACACACACACACAUACAUACACACAUACACACACACACAUAUAUAUCGUACACUAAAUUCAUUUUUUUAAACCACGAGGCACCAAACCUGGUAUUGGGUGUAUUUUGUAUUUUCACACCCAAGCCUAAAUCUGUAUGUGUGAAUGCGUUUAUCUUUACUCAGACCCCAAUUUUAUUUAUGCACUUAGCAUCUAAGUUUUUUGAAAACACCCAAAUCUUAUUAGCAAGACAAUCAAGCAUCUUUUCAUCACAUUAAACCAUCAAAAUAUAAUUUUUGUUUUAAAUAUUGAAUAUCAUCACAAAAGCCGGAAAUAUGAGAACCAAGGCUUUGGAAAUUCAUAUUCAAAAUUUAAAUAUAUCAUAUUUUUUAAUACAAAAGUCUCAGAUUGGUUGAAUGGCAAGCGUACAUGAACAUAGAAUGUUUAUAUAUAUAUAUAUGCGUGUCUGUAUAUGUGUGUAUACAUAUGUUUACAUACAUAUAUGCAUGUCUAUAUAUGUACGUAUAUGCAUGUGUGUAUGUUUGUGUCUAAUAUAUAUAUACAUGUAUAUCAAUAUAUAUAUGCACACAAACACACACUCACACAUAUAUGUAUUAAAAUAUAUGUAUAUAUGUAUGUAUAUAUAUACUUAUAUAUACU